GGGAGGUGAAAGACUCUCGAAAUUAGCAACAGGAGAUGAAAUGUGUGGUCUAGAUCAAGCGUUCAGGAAAUGGGCACCACAGAUUUUUCAAGUCGCUUGCGAAACGUUCUGCCUAGAUGAUGACGAUACAUUUUUGGAAGCAACCAUGACCCUGGAGAGUGAAUCACUCACCGCACAAAAUGUGAGAUUCAUGGAAUCUCGAGCAACACCUGCUUCCAUCGGAUUAUCGAAAUGUCACAAUAAAAAGGUCUCUGGUUCGAAACUUCUACGGCGUACCAACCUUCAUGGUGAGAAGUCUGCCAAGGCCACCCUGCUGUUAGAAUUCAAGAACGAUUCACCAUACAAACCAGGAGAUCACCUCGGAGUAUUCGGGAUGAACAGACCAGAAAUAGUUGACGGCGUUAUCAAGCGGCUGAAAGGUGUCACUGAUCCAAAUGUUCCUGUGGAGCUGCAGUUCCUACAAGAAACUCAUACAUCGAAUGGUAUAAUCAAGAAUUGGAAACCACAUGAAAGGUUACCAGCUUGUUCGGUGAGGGAGUUGUUUAGUAGAUAUUUGGAUAUCACUACUCCUCCCACACCGAAUCUGUUACAACACUUCGCAUCCAUGGCGACCAAUGAAGAAGAACAGAAAAAACUCAAUCUACUAGCAACAGAUUCAGCAACAUAUGAAGACUGGAGGCAUUGGAGAUUCCCCCACUUGUUAGAUGUAUUGGAAGAAUUUCCUUCUGUUACGCCAUUCGCCCCGCUACUGAUUGCCCAACUCAGUAUUUUGCAACCAAGAUUUUACUCAAUAUCGUCCAGUCCUGCACUUCAUCCAGGAGAAGUUCACUUGACUGUUGCAGUUGUUAUUUAUAAAACGAAAGAUGGUGAUGGCGAAACACAUUACGGUGUAUGCUCCAAUUAUUUACAAGAUGUUCCUGUGGAUUCUGAAGUGCCACUGUUUGUGAGAAGUGCACCAAGUUUUCAUCUUCCCAAUGAUUCGACCAGACCAGUGAUUCUAGUUGGCCCUGGAACUGGCAUUGCCCCAUUCAGAGCAUUCUGGCAGCACCGGCAAGUGCAGUUGAAACAAAAACAGAAAUUAGGCAAAAUGUGGUUAUUCUUCGGUUGCAGAACAGACGAUAUGGACUUGUACAAAGAAGAGAAAGCGAGCAUGUUGAAGUUAGGAGUAUUAGAUAAAGUAUUUUUAGCCUUAUCGAGAGCAUCGAGUACACCGAAGACGUACGUGCAGAAUUUGGCACUGAAGGAGGGAGCACAAAUCUACCGCUUUCUUGUAAUGGAACAUGGGCAUUUUUAUGUGUGCGGUGAUUGCACUAUGGCAGAGCAUGUUUAUCAAACACUGAAGACUAUAAUUCAGAAAUAUGGUGGCAUGAGUGAGAGUCAGGUUCAGGCUUUCAUGCUAUCGCUAAGGGACGAAAACAGAUAUCAUGAAGAUAUUUUUGGAAUCACUUUGAGAACCGCCGAAGUUCACAACAGAUCAAGGGAGUCCGCCAGAAUAAGAAUGGCUUCUGAGCCUUAACAUUGAGUCUUAUCUUAACUAGAUGAUAAUUUCAAUUUUCUUCAACUCAUGAAAAAUUAUAUUCUAUGAAUUUG